AUGGGUCACUGCCCUGUCUGGUAUUACUGGUAUUGUACAAACAAGUCAUAUCCAAAGUCUCACUUCUGCAGAGAUAUACCUGAUGUGAAGAUCUACAUCUUUGAUAUGGAAUGGAAGAAGGCAAAAGUGAUGAGUUUUUACAAUGGCCACAUGGUGUCAGAUGAAUAUGAACAGCUCUCUCUUUUGAAGCCCUGGAGGCUUCCUCUGUGCCAACAAGUACAUGGUGAAAAGUUGGGAAAAGAUGGCUUUCACAUUCAAGCACGCCUCCACCCCUUCCAAUUCAUCCAUAUCAACAAGAUGUCGUCUCCUGCUGGGACCAUGCAGACAGGUAUGUGGGGUGCCUUCAGAAACCCCCAGGGCAGAGUAGCUAGAGUCCAUAUUGAUCAAGUCAUUAUGUCCAUCCUUACCAAGCUGAAUAAUAAGGAACAUGUGGUUGAGACCCUACAUAGGGCCAAAUGCAAGUUCCCUGGCUGCCAGAAAAAUCACAUCACCAAGAAGUGGGGCUUUACUAAAUUUAAUGUAGAUGAAUUUGAAGACAUGAUGGCUGAAAAGUGGCUCAUCCCAGAUGACUUUGGGGUCAAAUACAUCCCUCAUGAUGGCUUCCUGGACAGAUGGGAGGCCCUGCACUCAUGGGAAACUUGGCACUGCCCCCUUAUUCAUGCCCACAGAUAA